AUGGGGUUUUUAGAGCAAGAAAAAGCAUGCAAGGAUCAUCCAUAUCACAAUCAAAAACAAGGUGUUUGUCCUUGUUGUUUACGAGAAAAACUAGCUCAAAUUUACUCUGUUGCAACAGCCACACAAGCUUGUUCUUCAUGCUCUUCUAUUUCAUCUUCAGCCACUAAUCUGUCUCCACCUCAUCAUCGUCUUCAUCAACGGACUGCGUCGGAUUUCAAGGGUUCGAUUUCGUUUAAGGUGAGUAGUAAUAAUAUUACAGUUGGUAGUAAUAAACAUGGGUUGAAGAAGAGUAAAUCGGUUGCUUUUGUUACAAGAAAUCUUGUUGGUGAUGCCAAGAACAAGAAGAAAGGGUUUUGGUCUAAGUUGCUUCAUUUGAAGGCUAAGAGUGGUAAUAAAGAUGUUAAUUUUGAUGCAAAGAUUGCUUUAAAUGGCCUUUCUUGA